CUGGUCGCUUUUAUAAAUGGUGUAAAACCCGGCGGACUUGUCAGUACUCUGGGUGUUUCCAAAGAGCGCUGCUCCACCGCCGAUUCCUGUGCUCCCAUUUGCUAACGCUACCUGUAACUGUGCAACACCUAGCCGACGCUGCCAGAAUGAGCAGGUGUCUUGUUCUCCAGUCAGAGGUUCAGAGCUUCAUCGAGAGAUGUAUGAUCGCAGUGGGAACGAAGGUCUCUCAUGCCAGGGCUCUGGCUGAUGUCUUGGUGGAAGGCGACCGCAGGGGUCAUUACAGUCAUGGACUGAACAGAAUGGAUAUGUACGUCAAGGAGAUCCAGACAGGAAUCUGUUCCAAAGAUGGAGAGCCGAUUAUCGAGAAGGAGACAGUGGCCACAGCACUGGUUGAUGGCUGUAACCUCCUGGGGCCGGUGGUGGGCAACUUCUGCAUGGACCUGGCCAUUAAAAAGGCUAAGGAAGUUGGCAUAGGCUGGAUCGUGGCCCGGGGUUCAAACCAUUAUGGAAUUGCAGGAUACUACUCCAUGCAAGCACUGAAAGAGGACAUGAUCGGUAUGAGUUACACAAACACCUCACCACUCGUCGUCCCUACCAGAGCCAAAGAGUGCACCUUGGGAACCAACCCCAUCAGCGUAGCUGCACCCGCAAACGACGGGGACAACUUCGUGCUGGACAUGGCGACCUCUGCGGUGGCGCUGGGCAAGAUCGAGCUGCACCACCGGCGAGGCGACAUCAUCCCGGAGGGCUGGGGCUGUGACUCCGGAGGGAAGCUGAGCACAGACCCGGGGAAGGUACUGAGUGGAGGGGGGCUGGUUCCCAUCGGCGGCUGCGAAGCCACAGGAGGGUACAAGGGCUUCGGGCUGGGGCUGAUGGUGGAGGUGUUCUGCGGCAUGCUGGCGGGCUCCCAGUACAGCCGACACAUCCGCACCUGGAAGUUCACGGAGCGCACGGCAGACUUGGGCCAGUGUUUUGUGGCAAUAAACCCUGAAUGUUUUGCUCCUGGGUUUAAGGACAGAAUGUCUGACUUGCUUUCUCUGCACAGAAAUCUGGAGCCGGCUGAACUGGGGGUUCCUGUAAUGGCCCCUGGAGACCCAGAAAGGAAGAACAUCAGGAAAUGUGAAGACCUAGGAGGCAUCCCUUACCACAUCAAUGUCAUCGACCACAUGAAUGGAGUUGCGAGGAGUGUCGGGGUCAGCCCUCUGCUGCCAGCCAACAGGCUCAUAGCAAACUAGAGCUGCUUCUGCGAGAGGCCCCAGAAACACCGGUUUAGACAGAAGAGUUUUUAAUGUGUGCUGCUUUUUAAUACUCCUAGACAAAAACCGAAACGCUUGGCUCCUGUUAGAUCAGUAUUUCAUGAUGCACAAUCCCACUUUUAAGAAAAUGAUAUUGAGAGUCUUUGCAUUCACUAACCACUCAGGUUCAACUCUUGUGGAUUUUAAUGUCAAACUAGUACGAUUAGAGCUUUUACCAACACAUUUAUUUUAGACUGUCCAGAACAGAGUUAGGGCUUUUAGUUUUCACCUGUUAGCUGUUGUUCAUUGGCAAAUAAUGCCAGUUGUGGAAAAAAUAGUUUUCACCACUACAGGAGUUAGUUAAAAUCAGAUUCCAAUAGGUACCUAAAAGGCAUCCCAGAAAAAUUAUUCAGAGUAGAUUAAUCCCACCACAACAAUUCUGUUCAUACUCACCCAGUUUUAACCAUUGCAGAUGGAUAGAUGGAACACUACAUGCCCUGAGGGGAAAGUGGAGGCACAGAAAAACAGAUUUCACUUCAUAGUAGACUGAUCUUUUUCUCCUAAACUAAAGUACAGAGAAACUUGAGCCCUCAACACAGCUUACCAAUUGUUUAAUUUGAGUUCUCAUUGUGCUUACACACCUUGUACAAAUAAAUUAUUGACCAAACCAAACUUUAAAAAGCGA